GAAUUGCAGAGUAUAAUCGUCAGUUCGUCAGUCGGAAAGACAGCUCCCCAAAGCAAAAGACACCAGCUCGCACGAAGAAGCCUAGAUCAGAAGAAAGAAGACGAAGAAAGAAGCAGCAGUAGAAAGAUGGCGAGGUACGACAGAGCCAUUACCGUGUUCUCUCCCGACGGUCAUCUCUUCCAAGUCGAGUACGCGCUCGAGGCGGUCCGUAAGGGUAACGCCGCCGUCGGCGUCCGCGGCACCGACACCAUCGUUCUCGGCGUCGAGAAGAAGUCCACCGCCAAGCUCCAGGACUCCAGAUCAGUAAGGAAGAUUGUGAACCUGGAUAAUCACAUUGCUCUAGCCUGCGCUGGUCUCAAAGCAGAUGCUCGUGUGUUGAUAAACAAGGCACGGAUUGAAUGUCAAAGCCACAGGCUUACUGUCGAGGAUCCAGUGACUGUUGAGUACAUAACGCGUUACAUUGCUGGUCUUCAGCAAAAGUACACACAAAGUGGUGGUGUGAGACCAUUUGGUCUUUCAACUUUGAUUGUCGGAUUUGAUCCGUACACAGAUUCACCAUCACUAUAUCAGACAGAUCCUUCUGGGACUUUUUCAGCAUGGAAAGCAAAUGCAACUGGAAGAAACUCCAAUUCGAUAAGGGAGUUUCUGGAGAAGAACUACAAAGAAACUUCUGGGCAAGAAACUGUAAAGCUUGCAAUCCGGGCUUUGCUUGAGGUUGUCGAGAGUGGAGGAAAAAACAUAGAAGUUGCUGUGAUGACAAAGGAUCAUGGUCUGAAGCAACUUGAAGAAGCUGAAAUUGAUGCCAUUGUUGCUGACAUAGAAGCAGAGAAAGCAGCUGCUGAGGCCGCUAAGAAGGGACCACCCAGGGAGACAUGAUCUUACGUGUUUUCCUUUUGCAACUUUAAUUUACCAGUUGUGGUCGAUGGACUCCACCUUGCUGUUCUUUUGGAGUUGAACUUUGCACUUGAUUUGGUUAAAACUGAUCUCUACAGCUUAUAUCUUCAAAUGGAUUGAGAUUUGCUUA